AUGCAGGACAAACAGGCCGAGUCCAGUCAUAAGCUUACGGUAUGGACUAAUGGCAUUCCGGAUGGCGCUAGUGUCCAGGAGACCUUUGACGAGAAGAGGCUCCUGAAGAUCCAGACGCCCGCUGAGAUAGCCAGGGAGCAUAAGAACUCUCUAGUGAAAACUCCGUUCAUUGGUGAUAUUUACCUUGUUGACAGACCCAAGAAAUUCACCAUGCCUUCUUUCACUCAGUUUGAUGGCACAGGAGAUCCUUCUCAUCACCUCGACCACUAUUCACAAAAGAUAGCUCUAGACAAUCACAACGAUACAUUUAUGUGUAAGGUUUUCUCGACUAGUCUAACGGGAGCCGCAUUGGAAUGGUUCAAGAAUAGGCCACACAAGUCUAUCCCGAACUACGAAACUUUAUACGCUAUGUUCCUAGCACAAUACUGCAGAAACAAGAAGCAGAAGAAGACCAUCUCUAGUCUCUUCACUAUAAGGCAAAAGAGAGUAGAAAUGAGACAGGAUUUCCUGUCCAAAUUUAACAUGGAGGCCUCGAAGAUAGCAGAUUGUCAUCCUGAGACUGCUAUAGAAACAUUCAAGAUCGGCAUAAUCCGAGGAACUAAAGGUGAGUUAGUAGACUACCUCACACCAAAAGAGUACGUGAAGCCUUGGGAGGUUAAUCCUUGGAAAGUGGAGGGCAAUCAAGUAAAAGUCAUUCAUGUGAUAUAUGGGAGAUCAGAGGACGACCAAGAGUCGGAAGAAGUGUACCGAUCCAGACUGAGGGCAGCUCACAAGCUAAGGAAGUUAUCCUCAGUAAACACUAUCACUUCGGGCAGUAUCAGUAAUGGGUUCGGCGAUGGAGAUUUAUCCAGAGUUCAAUUUCCCCACGAGGAUCCACUAGUCAUUAGUCUUCUGGUGCCAAUUGCAUGA